AUGAAAUUUCUUAAAGACUCAAUUAUAAUACGACUAUCUCCUAUUAAACACUUGGCAUAUUCAGAUCCAAGUAAAAAACUAAAAAAGAUUAUACCAUAUGAACAAAAUAAAAAAAGAAAAGCAAAAGAUAAAGAAACAAUAUCAGAGGAGCUAUCAAAUUCCAAUUUAGUUGUUAAUAAGACUAAAGAAAAAAAAAAAGAGGGAAACGUCAAAAAAAGACAUAUAAAAAAUGAAGAUUUGGGCUUUUGUAAUAAAGAUACUUAUAUAUUAAAUUCUGAAACGAAAAAAAAAGAUGAUAUAGAAUCAGAAGAAAAUAGAUCUUUUUCGCUAGAAGAACGCGACACGAAAGAUAUUGAAUAUGUAUAUAUUUCUAAUUCUACAUCACCAUUAUUAAAGACAAUAAAUAUUCAAGAUGAAUUUAUUUGGGAUAUAGAAAAUAAUAUAUCAUAUAAUAUAUCAUCAGAUAAUUAUUCAGUUAUUUCUUCAAAUCUCGAUUAUUAUAGCGAUUAG